CAGUGGACACGGACCAGUAAGCGUCAGCCAGCGAUGUUAGCCACUUGGAGGAUAACAAGAGGCCUGUCGCGCAUUAUCUCUCGUCACCAAUCACUCAAGGCGGCCGUGGACGUUGAAGAGGCGGCUGUCAACAGGUUACGCUCAUUAAUCGGAGAGAAAAAUGUGUCGGUGGCGAUGGCUGUGAGAGAACAGCAUGGAAGGGAUGAAUCAUAUCACGCGUGCAUGCCGCCUGCUGUUGUUGUGUGGCCAACGUCUACGGAGCAGGUGAGCGAUGUGGUUAGAGUGUGUAGCGAACUGGAUGUGCCGAUGGUACCGUUUGGAUCCGGAACGGGACUGGAGGGAGGCGUCAAUGCUUUACAGGGCGGAGUGUGUAUUGAUGUCAGUAAGAUGGACGAAAUUCUCGAAGUCAAUGACGAGGAUCUUGAUGUGACCGUUGAGCCGGGAGUCACUCGUCACGCCCUCAAUAGCUACCUACGAGACACGGGUCUUUGGUUUCCGGUCGAUCCCGGAGCUGACGCGUCUCUAUGUGGCAUGUGUGCAACAAGCGCCUCAGGAACAAAUGCUGUUCGAUAUGGUACGAUGAGGGAGAACGUGUUAAACCUUGAGGUCGUUCUUCCGGAUGGGACGGUGGUUGACACGGCAGGGAAAGGACGGAGGACGCGUAAGACGUCUGCAGGAUACAAUCUGACGAAUCUCUUUGUUGGGUCUGAGGGAACGCUGGGUGUCAUAACGAAAGCAACGUUGAGACUUUUUGGAAUACCUGAAGAGUCAUCAUCAGCAGUGUGUGCAUUUCCAUCAGUACAAGCCGCAGUUGAUACAAGCACACAAGUCAUACAAAGUGGCAUUCCAGUUUCCAGAAUUGAAUUUCUCGACGAAGUUCAAGUCGAUGCUUGCAAUAAGUUCUCUAACCUUUCAUUUGAUUUGGCACCAACACUCUUACUCGAGUUCCACGGCAGCAGAUCUACGGUUGACGAACACACGGAAAGAGUCGCCGAAAUCGCAAACGACAAUGGAGGUUUGGGAUUCCAGUGGAUGUCUGCACCGGAAGACAAGACGAAACUCUGGAAAGCGAGACACGAUGCUUUAUACGCAGAUCUUGCCCUCAGACCGGGAUGCAGGAGUUAUUCGACAGACGUGUGUGUGCCGAUUUCGAAACUGCCGGAGGUUAUAGUUGCCACCAAGGAAGACAUCACCGAGUUCAGAUUGAUAUCUCCUAUUAUUGGCCACGUCGGAGACGGCAAUUUCCACUGUUUCAUCGUCCUCGAUCCAAACGACGACGACGAAGUGAAACGAGCCCGAGAGUUUGGUCUACGUCUCGGCAGACGAGCACUUGCCGUAGGAGGCACAUGCACAGGAGAGCACGGAAUCGGACAGGGAAAACUGGAGUUACUACAAGAGGAAAUAGGUGAUGUGGGCGUGGCAACGAUGAGAAGGAUCAAGCAGACGUUUGACCCGAAAGGUCUAAUGAAUCCUGGUAAGGUGCUUCCAGGGUUUACCAUCUAACAUCUGUGAUAACAUAGUGUGGCACUUUUAAUGAAUUAUUGAUAGAGACAGAGCAAAUGUAUGAGAUAUAUUUUGCACUAGAGAGAAUUGCAUUAAGUCACUUGAUAUGAAUAGAGAGUAUAGAUUGUUUGCAGCA